UGCCAUUGCCGAUUUGUCAAUCGCCAACUUAUUAGAAAAGUGGAAAAGGCGUUCAAAUAAUUUUUCUUUUUGGUAAAAGAAAAUCAGUGUCCCUAAAAAUGUUAGCAUUGAUCAAUCGCAUCCUAGAUUGGAUAAAAAGCCUGUUUUGGAAGGAGGAAAUGGAACUAACUCUAGUUGGAUUACAAUAUUCGGGAAAAACAACUUUUGUGAACGUCAUUGCCUCAGGGCAAUUUAGUGAAGAUAUGAUACCUACAGUCGGCUUCAAUAUGCGCAAAAUAACCAAAGGGAAUGUUACUAUUAAGGUAUGGGAUAUUGGUGGACAGCCCAGAUUCCGCUCAAUGUGGGAGAGAUAUUGUAGAGGAGUGAAUGCUAUAGUUUACAUGGUUGAUGCUGCUGAUCCAGACAAGAUUGAAGCGUCACGUAAUGAAUUGCACAGUUUACUUGAAAAGCAACAACUGACUGGAAUUCCAGUUUUGGUACUCGGAAACAAGCGUGAUUUACCACAUGCUUUAGAUGAACAUGGCCUUAUUGAACGCAUGAAUCUCUCUGCAAUCCAAGAUCGUGAAAUUUGCUGUUACUCAAUCUCUUGUAAGGAGAAGGACAAUAUUGAUAUAACUCUGCAAUGGCUGAUUGCACACAGUAAAUCGGGCAGUGCGCGUUAAUCGCAUUCUCAAUUAACACAAGUCAUCCGGAACACUUGAGGCGCAGGCCUGCACCGGCGCUAUGCGCUUUACUCUAGCAGAUAAAUGUUGCACUUAUUUGGCCUAA